AUGAAGCGCUUGUUGCCCCUUCUCUGGUACCUGUGCGUGACGAUGGUGUACUUUGUGUAUCGCAGUCAGGAGCCCUCGAUUUUCACGCCCAUGGCCUUUGAGCUGCGCUGGGCGGACCUUACGGGGCUGCUUUUCGUAUUGUCUUUCGCGGUGACGCGCAAACCGAGCUACCUGAUUUUCGCCAUUAACCCCUGGCGCAAUGUUAUAUUGGUCGGCCUGCAAGGCCUGUUCCCGAUUCUGAGGGAGACACAGACCAACCCCGAGUACUAUCGGAACAUCCUCUCCGCAUCAGUGCAGCUGCUCUCCGGGCUUUGCAUCCUCGCAUUCACCAAGCCUCAGCCAAUUGGCCUUGGCACAAUCUGGCAAAAGCAGGUGCCAUGCUUUGAGAUCGAAUGCCUGGAGACGCGCAAGUCAUGCCUGGAGAAAUGGACACAACGAGUGGUGAAUUUCCUGCUGGUGGUCUCUGGCAUUCUGGCAACAGCGCUGGCCUUGGAGAAGCAGUCUGCAGGCUUCUCCGACUUCAUGUCAGAGGACCAUGGCUGGAAGAUCAUCAUGUCUGUGGUGCUGGGCAUCAGUGAGGAGGUGAGCUGGAGGCAGGUCUUCAUGGCAGACAACAACAACACACUGCAGGCAUGGGUUUGGGGCAUGAACCAUGUGGUGGCUGGCACCGGCAUGGACGAUCCCCUGACCUAUGGCUUGGUGAGCGGGGCCUAUGCCUUCCUUCUGGGCAUCUCGCGAUUCAUCAGCCUGCGGUAUUUUCACCACGCCGCCGUGGAGUAUUUUGUCAUCGAAGACAAUCUGGUCAAGCCAGAAGGUCAUCCGAUUUGGCUCGCGCAGAGCCUCCGACGUUUGGCGUGGGCAGCCCGAUGCGACGAGGGCAGAUGUGGCCGCGAGCAAUGGCGCCUGGGAAUGCCGUCCGGAUCAGUUCCCAAGACGUUAGUGGCUUCACAGCGCGUAGUGAUCCAGGAAGACGGCUCCCUCUUGGAUGCUCAGGACCCGCCAUCUUAUUCCGAGUCGUACAAGCCUGACCCAGCAGAGACGGACUCAGAUGAGGACGGAAUUGGCAGCGAAGACACCGUGAAGCCAUCUCCAGCAAGCCCAACCCACCGCCGGGACUGGACCAGACAGGGGGACCACAUCCCACCUUCCAGCCCCACAAAGCGUGAGGUAUCCAGGUAUGGCUUCAAGCAGGUUGACUGCCGGAAGAUGAAGCAUGUGGCCUACUGUGGCAAGUCCACGCAGAAGUCCUGCACCGGCAUCUUUGAGGUGAAAGGAGGUGUGGGCCACGUCUGCAAGUGGGACACAGAGAUUUGGCCACCAGCUUGCAUAGCCUACCACAAGAAAGCUGUUACGUCGGUCUGCAUGGAAGGAACCUGUGGGCAGGGCACACGCGGAGCCCCAGACAAGUGCUGGUGA